AUGGCAUAUUUGCGGAGGAAGUCACACAGUUCACUGGUCUCUGAAAUUUCGACGUCAUCCUUCGAAUAUAACCUUUUGCAGCUGGAAUUGAUAUUGGCCUUGGAUUCCUGGUCCGCCAUCGACGAUAACGAUUCUGGGUACGACGAACCGACGCUAUCCACCACUUCUGUCCAGUCCAGUAUUUUCGACUAUGAGCAAGAAAAUGGUCGCUCAUAUCACGCGUUUCGACGUGGGAAAUAUGUCAUGCCCAAUGAUGAGCGCGAACAAGAACGAAUGGAUAUUCACUAUCACAGUCUUCGCCUCACUCUGGAGAACAAGCACUUUAUUGCGCCCAUCGCGAAUCCUCCCUCGGUGCUCGACGUCGGUACCGGUACAGCUGUAUGGGCCAUGGAUGUGGCGGACGACUACCCCGGCGCCAGGGUCAUUGGAUGUGGCCGGUCGCCGACCCAGCCGACAUCCGUGCCGCCGAAUCUGGAGUUUCAAAUUUUUGACGCCGACGAGCCUUGGGAUUUUCAUAAUACAUUCGAUCUGAUUCAUACCCGGAUGAUGAACGGUUUCUCCAUCAAGUCGUGGCCGUUCUUCUAUGAACGACGGGACGAUGCCGGAAAAUGGCAGCUAUGUCGUGAAUGGACAGAAGCCACCGGAGACCAGCUCGAGCACAUGAUAUCCACCCUCGGCAUGAUUAGGUCUUGA